UUGUCUUCCGUUGCGUACACAUGUACUCUGAACGCACCAAAGGAUGUGGUCAUCAAUGGCAUGGGUUAGGACCGGUUUAUAGUGCAAGCAUGCCCCUUUGAGGGCGUGUAAUGUGUGACUGAUCGUUUCAGAGGAACUGUCAUUAAGCAUACCGCUUCUGGACGGUUAUCAGCAGAACUGAUUUGAAAUGCAAAACGGGACCCCAGCUAGUAUUCAUUUGUUACAGAAAGAUGGACUCAAGAAUAGAGUAUCUGGCUCAGCAAGUGAAGAAAUUGAUCCCAACAUAAUUAAACAAAUGUCUGUACUGAAUUUUCGUGAGAAAGUGCAGAGAAUGCAAGCCAAUCUUGUUGAAGAAGUUGAUGAGAGGUUAUCUGGUAUGAUGGGUGAACUGAUUCAGGAGUUGGAGCAGUCUGAUGCUUCCCUUCAGCAUCAAUAUGUUCUAGUUGAUGAUGGACAUAAAUAUAAAAACAGAAUAAAACCUAACAAACAUGGUGGUCUGCCAGAAAAACAGUUUAUGGCUCGAAAUUCUCUCCUCACUGAUCUGUUUGAGGUCAAGCACAUUCAAGCAAUCUACAAUAUCUUCAUUGUCAUACUUAUUAUUUUGUUCAUCAAUACAGCAGUUUAUGACCUUGUGGUUGUAGGAAAGCUGAAUUUGGGUAUUGACUUAAUUCGAUGGAACUUUCAAGGGUUCACCACAGUUUUCCUCCUGUGGCUCGGGAUGUCAUUCUCAACCAUCUUACUGUUUUGUUGCUUCAAUUUAUGGGGCACACAACGUAUUUGUUGGAAACCAAAUUCUCUAGGAAGGAAGUGCUGGGAUUAUGGUUGGCUCAUUUCUCUUGUUGUCUAUCAGACAACAUUCCUAUGUGUACCUGCUAUAAAAAUCAUAGAAAGUCACUUUCCUCCAGCAUCAUCCAUGGCUCUGCUAAUGGAACAGGUUCGCCUAAUGAUGAAGACUCAUGCAUUUGUGCGGAGUAAUGUGCCACGUGCUCUAGUCUACAAACCACAUCAGUCUGGGGACUCAAAAGAAAUGACCCCAUGUCCUGGAUUUUCAAAGUUUCUCUAUUUCUUAUUUGUUCCAACUCUUGUGUAUAAAGAUAACUAUCCACGGACAAAAGAAAUUCAUUGGAAGUUUGUGGCAUGGUGCUUCUUGGAAGUGAUUGGUGUAAUUUUUUAUGUUGCAUUCAUUUUUGAGCGGUUCUUGAUACCAAUAUACCAUGAUUUUGGGCUGCCAAAUAACCAGAAGACUCCCUUAUCUGAAUUACUGGUGGUAGGAAUGUUUGGCAGCAUGAUGCCUGGAACAUUGGUUUUGCUGUGUGGAUUUUAUUGCCUCCUCCAUUCCUGGAUGAAUGCUUUUGCUGAGCUAAUGCGCUUUGCAGACCGCAUGUUCUAUAAGGAUUGGUGGACUGCAUCUUCUCAUGCUGCAUACUAUCGUUUAUGGAAUAUAGUUGUACAUGAUUGGCUGUACACAUACAUCUACAAGGACUUUAGUGAGAUUUUGAUACCAGGAAAACGUUUGGGUCCAACUUUAGUUGUAUUUAUUGUGUCAGCUGUUUUUCAUGAAUACAUUCUUGCCUUUACCUUCAGGUUUUUUUAUCCAAUGCUAUUUUUGGCAUUUGGAGGAUUUGGAGUUGGUAUGGUAUUCUUGACAAAGGACUUAAUGCCUGGUGGGAACAUCUUUGUAUGGCUCAUGUUAUGUGUAGGUGUUGGAAUACUUUCAUGUCUGUAUGGUUUUGAAUGGUAUGCCCGUGUCAACUGUCCACAAGUCUUGGAUCCAAUUUCAGAUUUCUUUGUGCCUCGGUCAUGGAUGUGUUCAAAUAUUUAGUAAUUUCUGUCACCACCAGACUGAAGAUAAGAAUGCUAUUUUCCAAAAGCAGUGUGAUUGCUGUAGUGUAGAAGAUUGUCUCUGAUUAAAAGUCUUCAUUUUCUGCAUAUCAUAAAGAACAGUACUAUUAUUCUCUACAUUUUUCAGUUGUACAUAUUAUGUAUGACACAGUAGUAAGAUAGUUCUGAAUCUUAAUGAGGUGUAUUUACAUACUCUGAAUUAUAAGCAUUAUUUUUGUAGCAUUGUGUUUCAGUAUAGCAAAAUUUGCAGUGAGUUUAUUGUGCUGUGGUGUGUAUAGUUUUUAUCCUUAUUAAAUUUAUGCAAUGAGAUCCAUUCAGCAUAAUUUUUUUUUAUUAAGCAGUUAUUUAAGUAACACUAUUAUAAACACAGAUGUCUACAUGUGUAUUGUUAUGAUUUUUACAGAAGAGGCUAAUUCCAUCCUGAAAUUUUCCAGUAACUAUUGGUUAGAUAAGUGUGCAUUGUGUGAACAUG